AGGGCGAAGUUUUUUUCAGUUUUUUCGAUAUUUCCAGAACGCUGUAUCCAUUCAUGAAUGACUCAGUUAAGUUAUGCAGUUCUGAUAUAACUACCUUGACGUUGAUCACAACUAGAAACCUUGACCUUCAUAGCUGACUUUUCCAAUGCGGAUCCCGCAAGAGAGACUGAUGUAGAGUGGUCAGGCCCAGCAGCUUUACCAAGAACAGGUUUUGUGUCAGAGUUUCCAGUAGCAUACGUAUAGCCUUUUCUCCGCCGCGCAGUUUCCACCCCGGCCUCGUAGAAAUAAGCAGCCAAAAAGAUAUCUUGUACUGUUCGUUUGGUCUCGAUCCUCCGCGAUUUCCGUGUGCUAUACAACAUCGUUCAUGUUGCCCGACACCGACGUUAGCAGAGGACCACGAAGCAACGAGACUGAGCUUCGCAAAAAUAUUCCCGCACACGUGCACUCUCCAACUACCUCGUUUGCCGGUGCAGGUCGGCCCCUACUCCGCCCAGCAGAAAUGACGGAAGUCGAGCUCGCGUCGCUGACGGGUGACACGGCGUCCUCGGGGUCAACCACACCGUCGAGCGGAGCAGGAGGUUCUACGUCGGCGAAGAUGAGGAAGGCCUCCCGAAUAACACGAAACCCGCACGGUGGAGUAAAGGUCAACGAAAACUUGCAGAGGAUAUGCCGCAGCGCCAAUGAGCUCAUCUUUGAACAGUGGAAAAACGCAGAGGGGUCCCCAAUAAGCGACUACGCCAAGUCCGGCACGUUUGAGGUAAGUACAAGUUUUUGAUAUGUGAACCUUAUUAAUUUAUUGAUUCCACUAGUUUUGGUUGUUUUUGGAUUACUCAUUGCAAAAAAAGUCACUAAGAAGUAACAAGCACAUUGACUUUAUCAUCGAUCUACGUCAGGUCUCGGCGCUUGGCACCUCGUUUCCACUCUCCGACAUUCGGAUCUGGGGCCCGAGGCAGUUUCAACCCGGCUUCAACGAUGAGAAGAUACGUCUCGAGUUCUUUCUCGACGGCGCCUUUGACUACAACAACGUGGACAAGUGCAAAGCGUUCACGAAUGGCCUCGUCCACUGCCUCGAAAGUGCGCUCGCCGUCGGUCACUCAGAACUGAGGAGGGAGGAGGAAAUGACUCUCAGACAGGCGACUGAAAUAGACAGAAUGAAAAGCGGUUCCGGUGCGUCAGCCGCUUCUGAGACUACAAAAACAGGAACGGAAUCCGGAAGAUCGCACGCAGCCUCCGCCAUAAAGAGCCCAGUGACGAUCUCUUCUUCUCUAGACGACAUUACCGCGGUCUACAGCACGGGGACAUCGGCCCUGAACUUGGAGGUGGAGCACUACCGAGAGGCUGGGUGCAUGAUUCAGUUCGUGGUCGCAUCCUGAGUAAAAACGUACCCACACCAGAGUUGUAAUGCAGAUUUGCAAAGACAGGAAGACUUGUAAUGCGCAUCCGCAUGAGACCCAUUUCCAAUCGUGUUUUGGAAUUUGUGAUGCUGUGAACAGGAUGAGCAGACGAAUCCGUGACGCGGCUGCACUUGCUAACCUGCACUACACUGCAGAGUGCAACUUGCCAUGCGUGACUCACAAAACUCCUAGGCUUGUGUUGCAAAAUCCCCAUCCUGACUCUGGUGUGGGUACGUUUUUACGCAGGAUAGGUCGCCAGGUGUACCGUGAACAUAGACGCGGCAAAGCUAAUCGGGGAGCAGGUCUUCCCCGAGUACUUCCAAACCAAGUGCGCCCGGUUUCGAGAGGACGAGAGUGCGCCCACCCCACUGUGGAUGUACGUGCUGUACCUGAUCGUCGUGCUCUUCUUCCUUCUCAUGCUCGCCGCCUGGAGGCAAGCAUUCGUCGUGUGAAGGGAGGCUCUUGGCCUUGCUUAAGACGAAUUCUUUGCUAUGAAGAAGAAGAAUUUCAAAAAUUGCAGUUCUUGUCACGCAACAAAACAAGUAUUCUCAUGAUGAUGAUUCGCGCGGCUGCGCCUGCGACACGAUGAUCAUCUGCAAGACACUAUUGCGCAAAAUAUAUACGAUCCUCAUGUUAUCCAUGGCUCGCAGACGAAAGAAGGAGACCGACGAGCGCGAGUAAGAUCUAGUAUCAGAUCAAGUUGUUGCAGUGCGACUACGAAGCAAUGCUGUUCAAGAUGUUCCCUUGUACGAUAAGAGCGCAACGUUCAUGCAGACUGAACUAGCGGGAGCGGGUAUUGCUCAAGUAUUUGCGGGGGACAGUCAAGCAAUCGCGAUACGAAUUUGCAACAGUUGAGGCGUGGUUUUGCACCUUGACGGCGAAGUCGAAGGACUUGCUGUCCUCCGUAGCUGGAGUGUCCUAUCUGGUAUCUAAGAUCUUUCCUCGAACCAUCAGGGAGUCAGAACAAGAGUCCUUGUUGGCAAUCUUCCUCGUUCCCCGCAAGGGAAAGCAAAAG